AUGAUUCUGGGUGUGCUCGUUGUCCUUGUUUCAAUAUGUCGUGCCGCACUGUCAGGCUCCGAAUCUUUGCCAGUGGCAAAGAACGAGAGUCAACUGUUUAAAGAUAUCUUCAGGAAUUACGACCCUCUGGUUUGGCCAAACCAAAACAAUUCUCCGAAGUGGAGCAUUGACGUCUGGAUGAGUAUUAACUCGUUGGUUGAUCUCAACGAAAAAGAUCAAGUUCUAAGUCUGUCAGCCAUGUUUGGACUGACGUGGAAGGAGCCUCUUCUCAAAUGGGAUCCGAAGGAAUACAACACGGAGGUCAUCUAUGUGCCAACAGACAAGCUCUGGCUGCCAGACGUCAUCGUGCAGAACGCCGUUUCCAAUUACGGCCAAAUUGGUAACAGGAACUUGAAAGUCUAUCUGGAGUCGACAGGUACCAUAAUAUGGUUUCCUGGGGACUUUUACAAGACCUACUGCAAGGUAGAUGUCCGUCACUACCCUUUCGACACCCAGUACUGUAAGAUGAUCCUGCAGCCGUUGAGCUGUGAAAGGAAGAUUGUAAACCUUGAUCUAGCUCCAGAACCAAUUGUGUACAUGAAUUAUGAGGAAAAUGGGGAGUGGGGCUGGAAGAAAUAG